AUGCUUGUGCAGUUCAUACGUCGACGUGGAUGGUAUGUUCCAUGGCAAUAUCGCCGACACUCGACUGCAAUCACCCUUCGACCGUACCAGCAGCAAUGUAUCGACGAAUGUGUCGACGCGCUCGCGACUGGCGCGUCACGGAUAGGCGUAUCUCUACCCACUGGAUCCGGGAAGACGACCGUGUUCAUUUCGCUUUUAUCUCGUCUUCCUCAGGUGAACGAGCAUGGGAAAAGAUCUCUUAUCAUCGUAAGCAGCGUAGAACUUGCUAGGCAAUCUGCCGAACAAGUUGUGCGAAUGUUUCCUCAUUGGUCAGUUGAGAUCGAGCAGGGAGGCAAGCAUGUUGCAACUAUCGCGACGUACCAGACACUGAACCAACCUGACCGUAUCAAAAAAUUCAAACCGGCAGCACUGAAAGGUAUCAUUAUCGAUGAAGCACAUCACGCAGCAGCACCUUCCUAUCGCUGUAUUUUGUCCCACUUCGACGCGGAUAUCCCACACCCGGACGCGCUUCCAACGGCGGCAGACCCAGCCCACAAAGUUCCCAUCGUUGGGUUCUCUGCAACAUUCAGUCGUCACGACGGCUUGAAACUGGGUGUGGUGUUUGAAAAAAUUGUCUACCACAAGGACUUUUUGGCUAUGAUCAAGGAUCAAUGGCUUUGCCCAGUGCGCUUCACGACUACUAGGGCGGAUUUAAAUCUCGCCAAUGUCACCGUUAACUCUCGAACCGGUGACUUCAAUGCAACAAGUCUAGCUCACGUUGUCAAUACAGAAAUGAUCAAUACCCUUGUUGUUCGAACCUGGUUAGAGAGAGCAGCGACACGCAGAUCCACCCUUAUAUUCUGCGUCAAUGUUGCCCAUGUUGUAUCUUUGACCCAAGCCUUUCGUCAAUCUGGAAUCGAUGCAAGAUAUAUUUAUGCCAAAACACCUGCACCUGAGCGCAAGGCUUUGAUUGCCGCAUUCAAAGCAGGCAAUUUCCAGGUUCUCAUCAAUUGUGCCAUCUUGACGGAAGGCGCUGAUAUCCCUAAUAUCGACUGUGUUAUGGUGGUACGGCCCACGCGGUCGAGGAAUCUUUUUGCCCAGAUGAUUGGCCGAGGAAUGCGAUUAUCUCCCGAAUCAGGAAAAGAAGAUUGUAGGAUUAUCGACUUCGUUGACAGCAAUGCUCGGGUUGCAGGAGUCAUCUCCACGCCCUCUCUCUUCGGCUUAGACCCCAAUGAGGUUGAUAUCAAUGAUGAAAGUUUGGAGUGGAUGAAGAGGCGCACUAAAGACGCGAUUUCCUCCGCUGGUUAUGACGCAGAGAACAUCCCCAAUCCCGAUACGGUGACUUAUAUUGACUACGACGACCCGCUUUCUUUCCUGAAGUUACCAUCCGACUCUCCUCAUGUCAGAAGUCUCAGCAACAAUGCUUGGAUCGUGAUUGGAGAGCAAAAGUUUAUUCUCGAAUGCCUUGGCCAGGGGUUCAUCAAAGUCGAGCUGAUGAAAGACUUAGAAGACGCGGAAAAAGAGCCGUAUUGGAAGGCCACGUUUACCCCGGCAAGCGUGGAUAAGACAACUGCUUAUCAACUCAAAAUAAGUCCAUAUAUGCGCCCGCGAAAAGUAUGCCAGUCAUUGUCGUUAGAUGAAGCCAUAAAAGCUUGUGAUACAUAUGCCAAGGCUAAGGCUGUACGCGGUCCCAUGGCCAAAGGACUCUUGAGAAAUGCUCAUUGGAGAAAAACUCCUGCCACUGACAGCCAGAAGAUUAUCGUGGCCAAGCGAUAUAACCUUUCUGCACAAGAUAUUGGCUUGGAUGUUGCUGAUUCCAGGGCUUCAUUGAUUUCAAAAAUGACGAAAGGCCAAGCAGCUGACAUUAUCACUCGCCUCAAGCACGGAGCUUUGGGCCUGCAUAUGCAGCGAAUGAAAGAGGCCAAGAAGGCGCGGAAAAUUUACGAUAGAGAGACGCAGCGCCGUUUACGUGAGACCGUCAUGGUCGGGCAACUCUCUGAUAAAUAA